GAUUUAUUGGGGAAAUCUAAAAAAUUUUUGCCCUCAGAAAUAUUUUAUGAUGAUAUGGAUAUGGAAUCUGAUGACUUACAGUAUUAUUAUAGAUGUAAUAGUAUAAACCUCCUAAGAUAUUUAGAUAAAAAUUCAUUAUCGAAUAUUCCAGAUCCUAAAUACGAUGAGUGUAUUCUGUUAAAUUAUUGGGUAUACAGUAAAAUAGUUAAAAUUUUUCAUUCUGAUAAAUCUAGUAUUAUUGAUAAUCCUUUUGCCGCACUCCUACGGAUAUGGAAUGAAAUUAUUGAUAAUCAACCAGAUAAGCCUUCCUAUAUAAAAUGUCGGCCAGACAGUGGUACUAUUAUGAAACACGACUGGAGAAAAAGAAAAGAAUUGUACGAUUAUUAUGUUAAUUAUGACACGCUUUUUAAUACCGCUCAGGGCUAUCCACAAAAAUGUCAAGAAUAUUAUGAAAAAAUUAAAAAAAUGCAAAAUAUAUUUGACUAUUUCGAAGAACAUUGUGAAAAGUACUCACAUUUAUGCCCUGAAAUUUACAAAGAUUGCAAGUCGUAUAAUCCUAAAAGCAUAUUAGAAAAAAUAAAAUGUCAUGCUACCAUUAUAGGCACAAGUGGUUCCAUUUCAGAGGAUAAUUCUUUGCUUCAAGGUAGAGGAUCCACAGAAGUGCAUCCGGAACGUGCAGAUGAUUUUAAACUUCAUAUUAUAGAUGCAUUUACAGCCCAAUCUGAUACCCAUAUAGAUAGUGGAAAUUCAGGAAUUGGAACAAAAGUUACUCAUUCAAUUCUUGGCGCAGCUCCAGUUUUACUAACUGGCACUAUGUUAUACAGAGUAUGUAUAUAUUUUGUAAACAUAUAUCAUUAUAGUACAAACAUGUGA